GUUCAACGUUACGGCAGGAGCGAAGCAACCCAACGCCCUGUGUUAUAAUCUCUUUGCAACACACCCACUGUGUGUGUGUGUGUGUGUGCAGUGUAGCGUACAGUACACUGCAGUGUAGUUCAGCUGUAUUUUAAGUCAGCGAUAACGAAAGAGACAGAUCGUUUAUAAAUGGAUUUAUUAUUAUUUUUUUAAAUCUGAAUUGGUCACGCAGAGAGAGAGAGAGAGAGAGAGAGCGAGAGAGCGGGAGAGAGAAAUAACCUCACCAGGGAGUGUGAAGCACAACUGGAAGUUGGAGACGAAUUCAAAGUGUUCCCAUUUUCAGUGUCUCCAUGAACACACACACACACCACAGUCGCCAGGAUAACCUACUGACUGACAGACAGACAGACAGACGAAUGGAUGGACACACAGAUUAUAACCCGGAAAACACAGCUCGGCCUCGUUUGCUUGGGAAAUUGGUGCCCAACAGAAGCCGGGAUACUGACCCAGGUCUGGCCUGGAGACAUGGAGUGUGGCGUUUUCACCUGACGGCUCCUAUUUUGCCUGGUCCCAGGGGCACGGGAUCGUGAAGCUGAUGCCCUGGCCCCUCGCAGAUGGCGAUGAAAUCCAGAAGAACACAAACCAGAAGAAGCAACACAUUAAAGCAGGCGGGAGAGAGAAGAGCGGGAGUCGAGACAAGACGAUUGAUUGUGGGCAGACCGUGUGGAGCUUGGCUUUCGGUGUGUCUUCAGGUGAACGGGCACCGUGGGAUGGGCAGCAGCGGCAGGAGCGGAGCAGUCACUUCCCCGACCAGACCCUCCUCCUCGCCACAGGCCUGGCCAACGGAGAGAUCAAACUGUGGGAUGUGCCAACAGCCCGGUUUCUCUUCCAUUUGAAAGGACAUCGAGCGGUUGUGAGGAGCUUGGCCUUUUCCCCCAGCGGAAGUUUGAUCCUCGUGUCUGGGUCACGAGACAAGACGCUGCACGUGUGGGAUCUCAAGCAAGAUGGUAAACUCCUGCGUGUAUUGACUGGCCACAGUCACUGGGUGUACUGUUGCUCUCUCUCUCCUGACGCCAAUGUGCUUUGUUCUGUGGGCGGAGGAAGGACUGUCCUGCUUUGGAACAUGCUUUCGUAUGAGCUGAUCAGGCGACUGGACGGACACGAGGGUGACGUGGUUUCGUGCGAUUUCUCGCCCGACGGAGCGAUGCUAGUCACCGCCUCGUAUGACACACAAGCGAUCGUGUGGGACCCACACUCUGGGGAGCAACUGAUGAAACUGAGUCACUCCAGCCCAGAUGUUGCUCAGGACUUGAUCGCUGGUGGUUUCGACACUGGGUUUAUGCGAGCUGCCUGCUUCUCCGCUGAAGGUUUAUACGUUACUUCAGUGGCCGAUGAUGGGCUCCUGCGGAUCUGGUGCUUGACGUUACAAAGACCGGUGUCUAUCGCCCCUCUUGUUAAUGGGCUGUGCUGUACGUUUCAUCCACGUGGUGCUGUGUUGGCCGCUGGCACGCGGGAUGGUCAUGUCCAUUUCUGGUCUGUGCCACGGCACCUCCCGACUCUCCAGCAUCGCUGUCGGGUGGCUCUGCGCAGUGUGAUGUCCACCCAGCAAGUUACGUACUUGUCGAUUCCAAACAAGAUGAAGCAGUUCUUGGCUUACAAGAUAUUUUAAGGCUUUCUUUUUUAAAAAAAAAUGUGUGUGUCUAUAUAUAUAUAUAUUUAUAUAUACUUCGAAAACUGAUCAGGAUAACGGGUUGGGAUCGAAGAGCCUUCAGAAUAUUGGGAGAUGAACGAAUGCUCGACGAUGACAUGCAUGGGAAUCGUUUGGGCCACAGUUGGAAUAGGACUUGGAACAGUUUACCUCGACCGAAAACGAUGAGUCUUGCUACACUGGAACGUGGAUCAAAGGAGCCCUGGUUAUCUUGAAAGUGUUCAGGAAGUUCCGCAUUAUUUUGUAGAGUCUGUUAUUUUGCACCUUCUUUUGGCUCUGGAAACACCACUUGCGAUUUACCAGAGCUUUUAACUCAGUGGUGUGAGUGCCAUGACUAUGGCUCUCAUUUGCCCCCUUCCUUUUUAAGACAAAAAAAAAGAUUUUUUUUUGCCCCGUUGUCCAUUUCUAUUGUAUAAUUUUAAAAGGAUUUCCUUUCCUCUUUCCCCUGCCCCCGUGCCCUCCAAAUAACUCUCGGCAGCUUGUGAAAACUUUGGGAGUUAACCAAACUCAACCAAAAAAGGUGAGAUUUCUGUUUCAAAACCAAAAAGUUUGAACUGUUCUGGAUGUAAAGAGGGGAUAAGUAAUUAUGUUAGCUUCAGCUCUCAAGGUUGGAGUUUCUAACCCCUUAAGACCCUUUCCCUUUUUUUUGCUGGUCAUCAAUAUUUAGAUGGUUUACAUUUUUAAAGCACUUGAUCAUAUUUCUCUGUGAAAGAUUAUUCUCAACUCUUUGAUUUUCUUCCCGACACACACCCCUGCCUGAUAUUUUACCGUAUCCCUCUCGUCGCACGACCUGUAUCUAAUUAUUUUUUAUUCUUGAUGGUUUUUUCCCCCUCGCCUUAGUGAGAACAGACACAAACUGAUGAGAUGGACUGUGAUUGUUGAUCAACGGAGAAUAGACUUGAGAGAGAGAGAAGGUAAAUUAAAAGUGAGACAGAAACUAAUAAAACAACCGAACACAAGUUGUGAAAGUGAGGGGCUACCAGUGAAAGAAGCAGAUAAUUUGGUUAAGAAAUGUAAUGCUUUUUUAAGGGAGAUUAAUGGGGGGAAAAAAAUGUUCUUGCUACAAUAUAAAACAUUUUUUACUUAAGGUUAAGACUAGGUUUAAGUAUUCUUGAAUAUUAUUUAUAGCAUUUAAGACUAGAUACAGCAUUGAUUGAAAUAUGGACCAUUUUUGCACUGUCUGUGCAGUAGUCCUGCUCUGCAGGGCGUCUGCAUUACUGUUCACUGGCUUCAUUGCCAAUUGAGGUGAGCAAGCUGCAAUUUUCUUUUAAGAAACACACAAACGUUACUUAAAAUCUGAAGGUGAAACACAGGAACAAACGUUCUGUCCGUCAAAUACCCGCGAAUGGGAAAAUUCAUCUCGUGACACAUUUGCACUGUCUAUCUAGAAGAGGUCGAAAUUAUUGGGGGGUUUUUAAUACACAUCCACACAAGCACAGACACUUCCAUUUUAAUAUAUAAAGCGUACAGUAAAGGUGUCACAGAUCAACUGCUUUUGAAAGGACACGGUCUUAAAUUGGGAUGUGCUUAGCAGUCUGUUACAGUACUUUUUUUCCCCCAAAGAAACACUAUCUGUGGAAUAUUGAACAGGUAACUUUUAUCCCCCUUGCAGCGUUACUGACAUGCUCACUAUUUGUCGCUGUGCCUGACUGGGGGUGGGCUGUCGAGUUAUCCCAAGCUCUCUCCUGAACAAACAAUUCCUCAGAAAGAAGGUGAAAUGCCACUCUUUAAUCGUUUAAUUUAAAUAAAUGUUGCAUUUCACAAACCCCCCCCUAAAUUAAAACGGUCAAGUUAUUUAGCAGUUUGCACAUGUCGAAUUGGUUGCGAUUUAUAAUGAAGAAUUCGGUGUUUCAAUGUACUUAAAUAAAUAGCACCUUUUUUUUUUCCAUCCUGGCGCUCAUUCAUCACUGUCUCAGAGUUUCAAACCUGUUGCCUGAUCUGCGGGGGGUCCUGUCCUGUGUGAUAUCAAAUCUGAAACGCAGCAGUUGGACCAUCCAGUAGAUGGCACUUGUUUAAUAUUUAGGACUACCGAGUAUUUUAUAGGAUUGUUUAUUUGACUGACCUUACAUCAGAGCUGGAGGAUGUUGGGGAGUGUUUCUCUUACAGACAGGUGUCAACUAGGAAGAUACAAAAUAUACCUCUUUGCCUGCACUUUU